AUGCAAAAUAUGGCGCGAAAACUCCUUUUACGCGAAAUUAAAAACUUAAAAUGGCAAAGGAAACUUCAACUAGUGCUGUGUUCAGGAAUGAAGAUUUUAUUAUAAGGUCUACUAUUCCUGAUAUUGUGGUGCCAAAGACAAGGUUUAUUGAUCGUUUGUGGGCUGAAUCGGCGGGAUAUAAAAAUCUUGUUGCACUGGAAAGCGCCGAAACUAAGAAGACCUACACUUACGCUCAGGUGGAAAAGAAUACGUCAGUCUUCGCAACUUCAUUGAUAAAGAAGUUCGGUUUGAAGCCGGGAGAUGUCGUGGCUGUUAUGUUGCCAAAUUGUCCCGAAUUCCCCGUGGUGGCGUUCGGGAGCUUCCAAGCGGGAUGCGUGUUAACAACUGUCAACCCUAUUUAUAAAGAGUUCGAACUCAAACAUCAAAUAACAAUCACAGAGCCGAAACUGUUCAUAACAAUACCAGAAUGCCACGACAUCGUUUCAAAGUCUUUGAAGGCAGCUAACAUACAAGCAAAAAUAGUUAUUGUUGACAAUCCUAGCAAACCAGUUCCUGAUGGUGUUGUAAGAUAUUCAGAAGUAGCAGAAUCGGGUGAAGCUGAUUUUGGGCUUUUAGACAAGGUGGAAAGGAAAGGAGAUGAUGUGGCUUGUAUUCCAUUCUCUAGUGGAACUACUGGAUUACCCAAAGGAGUGGAGAUAACCUUUGACAAUAUACUAGCUGGAAUGGAAGUUAUGCAUCAAAAAGAAAACUGCUUUCCUCACGUAGCAAAUAGUGAUUUCCAAGAUAUUCUUCCUGCAUUCCUGCCAUUCUUCCACAUUUAUGGACUAGUGAUUGGUCUUAUGGGCCAUCUGUCCAAGGGCUGCAAACUGGUCACUAUGGCCAAAUUCUCCGCUAGCAUGUAUUUGGACAUUUUGAAGACUCAACAAACAACGCUGCUUUAUAUCGUUCCUCCUGUUGCGAUACUCCUGGGCAAACACCCAGAUGUGAAUGAAACACACUAUCGUUCCGUCCGACAUAUCAUUUGCGGUGCUGCACCGCUAGCUGGAUCUGAUGUUGAAGCUAUUUUACAGAAGAGUAAACGACCAAUUGAAUUCAACCAAGGCUUCGGUAUGACGGAGACCACGUCGUUGGGUACAUCGACCUUUAAGGGCACUAAGAAUGUGGACUUCAACGCAUGUGGUGUCCCCAUGGCGAGCGUACAGCUCAUGUUCGCUGAUCCUAUUACUGGAAAACCGGUUCCUGUUGGACAAUCUGGAGAAAUGUACAUCAAGAGUCCUACAGUGAUGAAGGGAUAUCACAAAAACCCUAAAGCAACAGAAGAAACGAUGACCAAGGACGGUUUCUUCAAGACUGGAGACAUGGGGUACUUCAAACCUGGCGCCGGAUUAUUUAUUACUGAUAGGAUAAAGGAAUUGAUUAAGGUCAAAGGCAUGCAAGUAGCACCAGCUGAACUAGAAAGUCUAUUACGGACACACCCAGCAGUGCAAGACGCAGCUGUUAUCGGCGUACCUCAUGAAUUCUACGGAGAAGCACCAAAAGCUUUCAUCAUUAGAAAGAAUGGUCUAAAGAUCACAGAAGAAGAGCUACAAGAUUUUGUGGCGAGUAAAGUAGCAGUGUACAAAAAGAUUGAAGAAGUCAUGUUUGUUGACGAAAUCCCUAAAACGGCGUCUGGUAAGAUCUUGAGGAAAGAAUUGAAGAAGAUGUACGCGUAG